AUGGAACACUACCUUGUGCAGAAGGAAUUUGUAUUGUUUAUUGAUCACCAAGCCCUAAAGUUUAUUAAUAGCCUGAAACAUGUCAAUAAGAUGCAUGCUCGAUGGGUGACCUUCUUACAGAAGUUUCCUUUUGUGAUCAAGCAUAAAUCCGGGAGUUUGAAUCGAGUUGCCAAUGCCCUCAAUCGGAGAGCCUCUAUGUUGAUCACACUUUACCAAGAGAUUGUUGGGUUUGAGUGCUUGAAGGAAUUAUACAAGGAUGAUGAUGACUUUGGGAAGAUUUGGGAUAAGUGUGUGAAUCUCAAACCAAUGGCAGAUUUUCAUGUCAAUGAUGGCUAUUUGUUUAAGGGCAAUCAGCUUUCUAUUCCUAUCUCAUCCUUGCGUGAGAAGUUGAUCCGGGAUUUGCAUGGUGGAGACUUGUAUGAGUUCCAUGAGGAUGACGAGCCACUGUAUCCAAACUACAACUCAAGGUCGAGUUGUUUUGCAGUGGAAGGAAAUGAUGCGGAGCAAAUCGAAGACUUCAUUUAA